AUGGCUUGGAUCCCUGCUCGUUCUCUGGAGCUGUUCGAACACCGCAUAGAUAUCCCCGCGGAAUCAGAUUGCAACGAGCGGCGCUGUUCUACCAACCGGAUGCUUAAGGAAAACCUACGCAAGGAUCGCGAGGCACGGUGGUCUGAGCGUGCUUUAGAGAUGGGGACCGCUGCCCUCUCUGGAAACACUUGCAGACAUUUCCAACUCACUCGGUCCACUGGCCUCAGGAAGCGUGGUGUCAGUGAGGUCAUUUGCGAGGUGGAUGAGUCUCCGAUCACCAAUCAACAGGGGCGUAUGGACCGCUGCGUCGAGCACUUUCACUCGCAGUUCAACUGGCCUCUACCAUCCAUCAGUACAUGCAGUACACCUUGUUGUCCAAGCUGGCUCGUCCCACUAAAUCCACCCAGCUAA